GCAGCACUGCAAGUACAUUAGACAAAAAUAUGAAACGACCUUCAACGAAACCAAACGGAGAAAUGUUCAGCAACGAGAAAUAUGAGGCCAAAAAGUCUAUUUUGACUUUGAUUGCCAUAUUUUCAAUAAGUUUGGUUGCCAUUUUUUAUGUUUAUAUGAUGUUCCCGAAACUGGAUGAAUCUGAGAGAAAGCACAUCAAAUUACCAUGGAACAUUGAUGACGCCAAAAAUUUGGGUCAAGUCCUUGAUAGAUAUAAGGAUAAAUACUACUUCGAGGUUAUAUCAGCUGUCGUGAUAAUUUACAUUUUUCUGCAGGCAUUUGCGAUUCCAGGGUCAUUAUUUUUGUCAAUCUUGUCGGGUUUUCUAUUUAAUUUUCCCGUUGCAUUGACAUUGGUGUGUACAUGUUCUGCGGUUGGUGCCAGUUUGUGUUAUUUAUUAUCGCAAUUAGUCGGAAGACGUUUAGUUAAACACUAUUUCCCCGAACGAGCCCAGCAAUGGUCCGAACAAGUUGAGAAGCACCGAAAUGAAUUGCUGAGUUAUAUAUUAUUCUUGCGAAUGACGCCAUUUUUGCCAAAUUGGUUCAUCAAUUUGGUUGCGCCGGUUAUUGGUGUACCAUUAUAUCCAUUUGCUUUGGGUACAUUUUUGGGCGUUGCUCCACCAUCAUUCUUGGCAAUUCAAGCGGGUCAAACUUUGAACACUAUGGCGAGUUCAUCGGACGCUUUUUCACUGCGUUCUACACUGUUAUUGGGUGUUUUUGCUGUGCUAUCAUUGGCUCCAGUCAUUUUCAAAAAGCAAUUUAAACAAAAAUUACAGUAGUCAUUUUCGAACGUAGUCCAUUACGUUUUGUUGUGAUGUUUUCUAAUUUCACAAUUUCUCGCGAAAGAUAGAAAUUUAAAUGUAAUGUAUAGUAACAUAAAAAGAAAUUCGCUGAAAAUAAAGUACAAAAAACUAAUUUA